AUGACCAGGGGGGGCCAAGACCAGCACAGCCAGGCUUCCCCUUGGGGAGCUGGGGGCCUCCUUGGGGUCAGAAGAGGGAUGCUUCCCGGCUGCUGCAAGGCCCAGAUCUGCUGCUGCUGCGGGCCAGCUCCCUGCGGUCUGUGUUGCCCCGGCUGCCCCAGGAUCAAGGUCUCCACCGGCACCCGGCUCCUCUACAUGGCCUUCCACAUCUUGGCCUGCGCUACCUGCUGCCUCAUGCUCUCCCACCACGUGGCUGAAGCCAUCAAGGAGAACGUGCCUUUCUACGCCGUGCUGUGCGAACACCUCUCGGGAGCCACCAGCUGCGACAUCCUGGUGGGCUACUCGGCGGUCUACCGGGUGUGCUUUGGCACGGCCUGCUUCUACCUGGGCCAGGCUGCCUUCCUGCUCAACAUCAAGUCCAGCAGCAACUUCCGGGCCCUGCUGCACAACGGGUUCUGGUUCCUGAAGCUCCUGACCUUGGUGGGGCUCUGUGCAGCAGCCUUCUUCAUCCCUGACCAGCGCUUCAUUCGAGCCUGGCACAUCAUCGGCGUCUGCGGCGGCUUUGCCUUCAUCCUCGUCCAGCUGGUGCUGAUCACAGCCUUUGCUCACACCUGGAACAAGAACUGGCUGACGGGUGCCUCCCGGGACAAGCGCUGGUACCUGGCCGUCUUCCUGGCCACCCUGGGCUUCUACGGCGUGGCCUCCGCAGCGUGCACCCUCCUCUACAAGUUCUACACCCACCCAGGGGGCUGCGUCCUCAACAAAGGCCUGCUGGCCUGCAACAGCGGCCUCUGCCUCCUGGUGUCCUUCCUUUCCGUCACGCCCUGCGUCCGCCUCCGACAGCCCAGCUCCAGUCCCCUGCAGGCUUCCAUCAUCUGCUGCUACGUCAUGUACCUGACCUUCUCCGCUCUGUCCAGCCGCCCACCCGAGAAAGUGCAGUACAAGGGGCAAAACCUCACCAUUUGCUUUCCCAGUACGAGCAAGGAUGGGCUGCAGACUGAAGACACCACGGUCGCUGUCCUGGGCGCUGCCGUCAUGUACGCCUGUGUCCUCUUCGCCUGCAACGAAGCUUCCCUCCUCGCCGGGUUGUUCGGCCCCCUCUGGAUGGUCAAGAUCUACAGCUUUGAGUUCAAGAAUCCCUCCUGCUGCUUCUGCUGCCCAGAGAAGAUGGAGGAGGAGCUGGCGGGGCAGAGAUGUGAGCCGCAGGGACCCUCGGGGGGGCAGCUGGUGGUCCACAAUGAAGAGGGCCAGGUGGUCUACAGCUACUCCACCUUCCACUUUCUCUUCUUCCUGGCCUCGCUGUACAUCAUGAUGACCCUCACCAACUGGUUCAGCUACGAGAACGCCGAGCUGGAGACCACCUUCACGCACGGCAGCUGGUCCACCUUCUGGGUCAAGGUGGCCUCCGGCUGGGCCUGCGUCCUGCUUUACCUGGGGCUGCUGCUGGGGCCGCUGUGCGUGCCCGACUCGCGCCAGCGCCGGCGCAGCAGCCCCCCCCUCCGCAUUCUACGGCGGCGGCGGCGCGGACUCCACCGCAUCAGCGUGGCUACCUAGACUCCAGCUGGGACUCGUCCAGUCUCUCCAAAGGCUGACCCCAGAGGCCUCCCUGCUGUCGGCUGCUUCCCUGGACGCUUCCCAUGUGGCCCGACCCGCAGAGGGCGCAGGGGGGCAGGCUCCGGUGCUCCAGCCAGGCCCCUCAGGGAGGAUGCCCCACACAGGGGCCAACGGUGGGCCAGAGCUCCAAAGCCGCA